AUGCAGAAAUCACGGAAUUUCGCUGUCUUGACGACACUGGGUUUCCUGUCUGCCGCCGCUGCUGGCAGCAUCCCUCGCGGCGUCAGCCCAGAGUUUGUCUCGCAUUAUCAAGCAAAGGACAGCUUUCGCUGCAUUGCUAAUCCCAACAUCGAGAUCAGCCUGAGCCGAGUCAACGAUAACACCUGCGAUUGUCCGGACGGCUCCGACGAACCUGGCACUGCUGCAUGCGCUCACAUCGACCCUCUAUCUCCUCAGCAGCCGCUGCCUGGCAGUAGCUCGGGCACCACCAAAGCCAAUCAUUCACUUCCCGGUUUCUGGUGCGAGAAUAAGGGACACAUUGGCGCAUAUGUGCCCUUUGUUUACGUCAAUGACGGCAUUUGUGACUACGAUCUGUGCUGCGACGGCUCCGAGGAGUACGCCUCUGUCGGAGGAACCAAGUGCGACAACCGCUGCGCCGAGAUUGGCAAGGAGUACCGCCGUCUUGCCGAGAUUAAGGAAAAGAAGAUGAACGACGCCCAAACACAGCGAUCCAAAAUGAUAUCCGACUCGGAAGCCCUCCGCAAGCAGACCGAAACCCACAUAACCGAGCUCGAAGAUGAGAUUCGCAAAAUUACUGCCCAAAAAAAUGUCCUGGAUGCGAAAUACAAGGAGCUCCAGAAGAAGGAUCGCAACCGUGUCGUUAAGUCUGGCAGCGGCGGAAAGCUUGGCGUCCUGCUCGGCCAAGCCAAGAGCCGCGUCAAUGAGCUGCGAGAGACGCUUACCAAGGUCGCUGAUGAGCGUGACAAGCUGCGUAUCAAGGUCAACGAGUUGGAUACCGUUCUCCGCAAACUCAAGGAGGAGUAUAACCCUAAUUUCAACGACGAAGGCGUCAAGGCCGCCGUCAAAUUCUUUGAGGACUUUGCGGCUCGUGAAGCCGAGCAGCCCUCCGCUGAAGGAGAUGAUGUCUCGAGUGUUCUGGCCGAGGAUGGCGAACACAGUGGCAUCAAUUGGGUCGAGUUUGAAUCGUCUGACGAUGAUACUGACAUUCUUUACUCCUUGGAUGCGUAUCUCCCAGUUUCACUCCGCGAAUUCAUUCAGAAUCAAAAGGCUGCCAUCCGCGACUGGCUCGUUGACAACGGCCUGUUGGCCGAGAAGGGAAAUACGGCCUCGGAGUCGCAGGCUACCAGAGAGGCGCGUGAGGCCAAAGAAACCGCUGAGCGUGAUUUGCAAAGAAAGGAGCAGGAGCUAGAGAAUGAGAAAUCUGAGCUCUCCAAGGACUAUGGCCCUUCCCAGAUCUUCCGCUCCUUGAAGGGCCAAUGCAUUGAAAUCGACGCUGGCGAGUACACAUACGAGCUGUGCUGGCUGGACAAGACGAGCCAAAAGUCCAAGAAGGGCCACGGUAACACCAAUAUGGGCAACUUUAAGCGCAUCGAUCACGAGGUUGCCGACGAUGAGGAGCGCCUUGACGGCAAGAGUUUAGGCAAAGGCACGAGAAUGGUCAUGCGUUAUGAAGACGGUCAGGCCUGCUGGAACGGACCGAACCGCAGGACUGACGUUUGGCUGGGCUGCUCUGACAAGGAAGAGCUCUGGCGCGUCACUGAGGCUGAGAAGUGCGUCUACAAAAUGGAGGUGGGCACACCGGCUGCGUGCGAUGAGCAAUUGGCAAGCGAAGCGCAUAUCAAGGAUGAAUUAAAGCUUUAUUAUAACGCGACCGCUGUCUCGGUUAGCACUGUCUCGGUUGGUAACGUCAGCGAAGGGCGUGGCCAUAGCUCCCACCAAAUCAACACUCGAAAGGAGACUUUAAUGUACACAAUUCUCAAGACGUUCGGCGCUGGAGACGGAGACAUGUCCAUUACAAGUCUAGGACAGAUUCAUGCUGACAAUGUCCAAGUGAGUCCUCGUCACAUCACUGGCCAAAGCUGCAGUACGUCGGGAAAAAAAAAAGAAAUGAACCUCCCGAAGCAGCCUGCGGGCACCCGCCGGCUCUUCAUGAUCUGCCUCCAGCUAGCGCUCGGGUCAUCCAUCUGGGGCUACAACAUUGGCAUCCUCUCGUCGGUGCUGGUGCAUCCCGGCUGGCGCGGCGCGCUUCACGAUCCCGAACCGGCGCAAAAGGGUCUCGUCACGGGCUUCUACUAUGUGGGCACGCUCAUCUCGUACGUGUUCCUCGCGCACCCGCUGGCGGAUCUCCUCGGUCGUCGCUACGCGGCGCAGGUAGGCACGCUGGUGCUGUGUCUGGGCGCGCUCGUCAUGGCCGCCGCAGCGGGCCGCUAUGCGCUGUGCAUCAUGGUUGUGGGAAGAGGGAUCUGUGGCCUGGGAGUCGGCGUUGUGAGCACUGCUGGUCAGUACUGGGGCUGGAGGAUGCUCAUUCUCGUCCAGCUCCUUCCAGCACUCAUCUUUGCCGCAAUGCUGCCAUAUAUACCAGAAACACCUAGAUGGCUCCUUCAAACUGGUGACAUGGAAAAGGCGAGCAAAGUCCUCCACUGGCUGCGCGAGGAUGUUGACGAGCCAGCAGACAUUGCGCAUGAGCUGCAUGCCAUCAACCGUGACAUUGAGGCUUACCGCCAGGGCCAAGAUUCCUUCUUUGCCAAGUCUCUCGCGCUGUUCCGAGAGAAGCCCCUGUUUGCUCGGAUGUGGCGCGCGUUUCUUCUGCAGUUCAUGGCGCAAAUGUGUGGUGCCACAGCCAUCAAGUACUAUCUUCCCACUCUACUAAAGGCUCUGGGGCUGGGUACACGCCUCGCGCUCAUGGCGGGCGCCGUAGAAAUGACGGCAAAGAUUGGCCUCACUGUCGUUGAGAUGUGGAUCAUUGAUCGAUUUGGAAGAAAAGCGUGUCUUGCCGGUGGAAGCGUUGUCAUGGCUGUCGCUAUGCUGAUCAAUGGCGCACUGCCACAAAUAUUCCCGAAAAAUGUUAGCACUGUGGCAGAUGCCAUCUGCAUCGCCUUCAUCUUUGUAUACGCGAUGGGCUACAGCCUUGGACUUGGACCGGCGGCGUGGGUGUAUAGCUCGGAAAUCUUUCCAACAACGUAUCGUGCCCGCGGACUGAAUUUCGCUGCGUCUGGUGGCUCCAUCGGCAGCAUCAUUGUUGCCCAGAUCUGGCCCAUGGGCGUGGCCAAAUUUGGCAGCGGAAUCUACUUUUUCUUCUUCGCCGUCAAUGCCAUUUGCGUACCGGUAAUAUGGCUACUCUACCCCGAAACCAAGGGCUGCGCUUUGGAAGACAUGGACUUGCUAUUUCAGAGAUGUAGCCGCGCCGGCACAAGUAUGGACUUGCACGGACUGGCAGACCAAGAAGAGGACCAAGAACCGCCAGGCGUCGUUGCUACGCGCAACAACUCAGCCGACCGGGGCCCUGAGACGGGAAAUGAAGCAGCCGAGGCUCAGCCACUACUUUUGCAAUAG